AUGGAGAAUGAUUACGAGGGCGGGCAAUGGAUCAAUGGCGAGUUUUACUACUCCAAGAAACGACAGAAACGCAUGCAGACCAAGGACGAACGAAUCUACGGUGUCUUUGCCGAUGACUCUGAUGACUCCGAUGGCGACCGUCGUGGCCGUCGCCGCGAUCGUGACCGUGAACGGGAUUACACGAAGCCCGUUGGCUUCGUGUCCAGCGGUAAAAUUGUUCAAGAUACGAUGAAGGACGACGAGGAGGACGCCGGUGGGGAUAACAACGAAGAGGCAGUGAUGCCAUCAGCCUUUGGGAAACGGUAUGUAAGGCGUUGCUUCUGCCGGCCUCGUGGGAUAGUGGUAACCGCCGACCCGACCUUUGCUAACUUUGAAAAGCACACCAAGGGAAUUGGUCUCAAGCUGCUGGAGAAGAUGGGAUACAAACCAGGCGAGGGCCUGGGCCGCAACAAGCAGGGGAUAGCGAAGCCGGUGGAGGCACGGAUGCGACCCAAGGGCAUGGCGUUGGGCUUUGGGGACCGGGAUGAGCCUCGAAUGGAGCUGCCUCAGCCUCACGGGGGCCCCGGGGGCCUGGGGCUAGGGGCCCAGCCGGGCGGGAGGGCGCCGGGAGCGGACGGCGCAGCCCGGGACCAGGACGGGAAGGCUCGUGUGCGGAGGGAGUACCGCACCGCCGACCAGGUGCUGGCGGAGGCGGCGGAGCAGCCUCUGCAGGCGCAGCCCAUCCUGGACAUGCGGGGCCCUCAAGCCCGCGUCAUCACCAACCUGCAGCACCUUAACCAGGAGACCGUCACUGCGACAGGUGACAAGACGCCCAUGCCGGAGCUGCAGCACAACCUAAGGUUGUUGGUGGAUCUAGCAGAGGCGGCCAUUCAGAAGUUGGAUGCCAAACUGCGGCACGAGCAGGAUACCGCGACACUGCUAGCCCGGGAGAAGGAGCGGCUGGAGGCGGAGGACGCGCGGCAGGAGGAGGCAUGCUCACGGCUGGAGGCGGUGUCCGCGGAGGUGGAGGCGGUUCGGGGCAUGCCAGCGGCAACACCGCUGGGGGAGCUGGCGGAGGCGUACGGAAGGAUACGAGAGCGAUACCGCGAGGAGUACAUCAUGUACGGGCUGGCGCAAGCCGCGCUGGCGCAGGUGUUGCCGCGCAUGCAGGCCCUGCUCAGAGGCUGGGAGCCGCUGUCCGAGCCGUUGCGGGGGGUGCCGGAAAUAAAGACGUGGAAGGAGCUGCUGCAGAGCGACGCGGCGGGAGGCGGAGGACCUUACGACACUGUCGGUGCAUCGGCAGGCAGCGGUAGCGGCUCCGACGAUCCGUACACGCUGUUGGUUUGGGAGGUGGUCUUGCCGCCUGUGCGCAGUUCGGCGCUUAACGGGUGGCAGCCAAGGGACCCCGAGCCGCUGCUCAAGUGGCUUGAGACCUGGGAGCCGCUGCUCCCUCCCUCUGCGCUGGGCCACGUGUUGGAAAUGCUGGUGAUGCCCAAGCUGCGGAGGGCACUGGGCGAGUGGGAGCCAAGGCAAGAGACGGUGCCCAUACAUGCCUGGCUCUUCCCUUGGCUGCCAUACCUGGGGCAGGCCCUGGACGAGCUGUAUCCGCACAUACGUCACAAGCUUGAUGUGGCGCUGCAGGCCUGGCACCCCAGCGACGGCUCGGCGCUGGUGCUGCUGUCGCCAUGGCAGCGCGUGUGGGGUCAGGCGGAGUGGGACGCGUUUAUGGCCAAGGCCAUCGUUCCCAAGCUGGCGCUCGCCCUUGGCCAGAUGGAUAUCAACCCGGCAGCUCAGCAGAUGGAGCCAUGGAUGUGGGCUAUGGCGUGGAAGGACAUCAUCAGCGCACAGCUUAUGGCCGGUAUGCUGGAGAGGGUCUUCUUCCCCAGAUGGCAUGCCGUGUUGCAGCAUUGGCUGACCCACGGGGCGAACUUCGACGAGGUGACCCGCUGGUACCUGGGCUGGAAGUCGGCAGUGCCGCAGGGCAUCCUGGACCAUGAGCGCGUUCGGGCGCAGUUCAACGCUGCCCUCAACACUAUGAACUCCGUCCUGGAGGAUGGUACACUACCGCCCCAGCCAGCAUUCUCAACGCCGUACGACGCCGGCGUGUACGCCGCCGCUGCGGCCGCCGGCGCCGCUGCCGCGGCUGCUGCUAGCCGCGAGCUGACGCUGCGCGAUCUGGUGAUGCGUUUCGCGGAGGAGAACGGUGUGGAAUUCCAGCCCAAGGCGGGCCGCACGUACGAGGGGCUGCAAGUGUACAGUUUCGGCAGCGUGAGCGUUGUGCUGGACAAUACCAGCGGUGUCAUUCGUGCGCAACUGGGGCCGCGCUGGGCGCCCGUGUCGUUGGAGCAGUUGCAGCAGCUUGUGGUGGCUCGGCGCCGGUAG